AUGAGCGGGCUCAGCGCAGACGACGAAGUUGAGUUUUGCUGGCUUCUCCUCGCUGCUGUCCUCCUCAUCCAAGCUACAGUCCUCCUCGCUGGCUACUGGUCCGUUCCUCUCAAGGCUCGCUUGACGGCAAGGCGACUGGUGUGCAACGCAGAGUCACUCGCUUGGGCUGAUUCGGUCCUCGCUCUGCCUACAAAGCUUCGUGGAAAGGCCCAGAUCUUGGAUCUGCGCAAGAGUGAGAAUCGUCAAGGUCUGGACGCUACCUUUGUCGUCUUUCAGCAGCAAGUCUAUCGCUUUGGCGAGCUUGAUGGUGCUGGUCGCUUUGGUUUUGGUCGUCCAGAGCUUCCGAUCGGCAAGCCGCGCGAGUUCUAUGCCGCUGCACGCGGGUUGGAGUCGCCCGAGAGCCUCGCCGCGGCGCAUGAGAUGUACGGCGGCAACUCGUUCGACGUCCCGUCGCGGACGUUCAAGGACAUGUACAUCGAGCACGCGCUUGCGCCGUUCUUUGUCUUUCAGAUCAUGUGUGUCCUUCUCUGGCUCCUCGACGAGUACUGGCACUACGCCCUGCUCACGCUCGUCAUGCUUCUGUUCCUCGAGGGUGUCAUGGUCAAGCAGCGGCUGCGCAACCUGGCCGCCCUUGGCUCGAUGUCGCCCGAGCCGUCAAAGGUCAAUGUCCUCCGUGAGGGCACGUGGUCGUCAGUCUGGUCGACCACGCUGGUGCCCGGCGACAUCAUUGCUCUCGCCGGCCCACGCGGCCGCAACGAGGCCGACCCGGGCGCCGUCCCCUGCGACGUCGUCCUCCUCUACGGCAAGGUCAUUGUCAACGAGGCCAUGCUCACCGGCGAGUCGGUCCCGCAGGCCAAGGAGCCGCUCCUUGAGGGCGGCGACGCCUGGCCGGCCGACCGUACCCUCUCGCUCGAGUCGGACAAGCUCCACAUUGUGUUUGGUGGCACGACGGUGGUCCAGCACUCAGAGCCGACCAGUGCCGUCCCAUUCCGGUCCUUCCGCUCUGGCGCUGCCCUCGGCAUGGUUGUCCGCACCGGCUUUGACACUGCCCAGGGCUCGCUCGUCCGCACCAUUGUCUUUGCUGCCCAGCGCAUGACCGCGGCUAACGCCGAGGCACUGGGCUUCAUCUGCUUCCUCCUCGCGUUUGCCCUCCUCGCAGCGUGGCAUGUGUGGACUACCGGCAUCGAGCGGGCCAUUCUCCCCAAGUCCAAGCUCCUGCUCGAGUGCAUCCUGAUUGUCACCUCGGUCGUGCCGCCCGAGCUCCCUAUGGAGCUCUCGAUGGCUGUCAACUCGUCCCUUGUCGCGCUCCAGUCCAAGGGCGUGUUUUGCACCGAACCGUUCCGCAUUCCCUACGGCGGCAAGGUCGACGUCUGCUGCUUUGACAAGACCGGGACGCUCACCACCGAGGAGCUUGUGGUCCGUGGUGUCGCCGGCGUCGAUGCCAACAACCCUGACCGCCUCGUCCGCGCCAGCUCUGCCCCGCCGGCCGCCGGCCUUGUCCUCGGCGCCUGCCACUCGCUUGUCGCCAUGCGGGCCGAGGUCGUCGGCGACCCGAUGGAGCGGGCCGCGCUCCACGCCUCGCGCUGGCACCUCACCUCGACCGGCGCCGAGAUUGGCCGCGGCGGCAUGAAGACCUCGGCCUUCCAUGUUCGGGUCUUCCACUUUAGCUCGAGCCUCAAGCGCAUGUCGGUCAUUGCCAAGAUCCAGCACGGCGGGAUGGGCGCCAAGACGCCGAUGGUGCUCACUAAGGGCGCACCCGAGGUCAUCGCCAACUGCGUCGCUGACCUUCCGCACUGGUACUGGUCGGCGUACUCGGGCUGGGCCCGCAAGGGCGCCCGCGUCAUCGCCCUCGCCACCCGGACGCUCACCGAGGCCGAGGCUGCCAAGCCGAGCGCCGUCCCGCGUGAUGUUGCCGAGUCGAACCUCGAGUUUGCCGGCUUUCUGGUCAUGAACUGUCCGCUCAAGGUCGACUCGCUCGCCUCUAUCGACGAGCUGCACGAGUCGUCGCACCGGACCAUGAUGAUCACCGGCGACGCGCUCCUGACUGGCAUUUCGGUCGCCGAAAAGCUCGGCAUGGCCACCCGCCAGGUCCUCACUCUUCUCGCCGACCCGGUGAGCGGCAUGCCGACCGAGUGGAUCGAUCCCGAGCUCUCGAUCCUACUCUCGACCUCUAGCGCGUCCGCCCGGCGUGUAGCCUCCGAGUUGUCGCUCACCCGUCUGCCAGUGGCAGCCUACACACCCGCCACUGUGGGCGAGCUUGUCUCGAGCUACGACGUGGCCCUUGACGGACCUGGCUUUGCCGCCCUCGCCGACCACGAUCCCGCGCUUCUUGACGCGCUCCUUCCCUACGUCCGCGUCUUUGCGCGCGUCACCCCGCAGCAAAAGGAGCUGGUGCUGGCGACGCUGCGGCGGCUCGGCCUCACCACACUCAUGUGCGGCGACGGGACCAAUGAUGUCGGCGCGCUCAAGCAGGCUCACGUCGGCGUAGCGCUGCUCAAUGUGGACAACGGUGCGUCGCUCCGGGCCAAGAUCCGGGCCGACGCUGGGCUUCCUGUCGAGCACGCUGCUGGAGAUGAUGAUGACGACGACGAGAGCGAGGCUGCAGCGUCGUCAACGGGCGCGCGCAAGGCUGCUGAGCUCCGCAAGCGCAAGGCGGAGCGCGCAGGCCUCAGCGCCAAGGAGCUGGCGGCAGCGCGGCGCAAGGCGCGGGCCAAGGGCAAGGGCAAGAAAAACCGCUCCGGCGGUGCCGCGCCGCAGGGCUCGUUGGCGGCGGCCAUGUCGUCCGAGCCGGUCAUCAAGCUCGGCGAUGCGUCGAUUGCCUCGCCAUUCACCUCCAAGUCGUCGUCGAUCCACGCCAUUUGCCUCGUCAUCCAGCAGGGUCGGUGCACGCUCGUCACCACCCACCAGAUGUACCGCAUUCUUGCCCUCAACUGCCUGGUCAACGCCUACGCGCUCUCGGUCCUCUACCUCGAUGGCGUCAAGUUUGGCGACUUGCAGAUGACGCUCAUGGGCAUCCUGGUCGCGGUCUGCUUCCUCUUCAUCUCGCGGUCCAAGCCGCUGCCGACCCUCUCUGCCGCACGGCCGCAGCCGCGGGUCUUCACCGCCUACCUUCUCGUCUCGCUCCUCGGUCAGUUUGCGGUCCACCUCGGCGCGCUGAUGUACCUCGUCGCCGCUGCCAAGGACGCCAUCGGCCUCGGGCCGAACGAAGUCGUCUCGGCCGAUCUCGAGGCCGACUUUGAGCCCAACGUCGUCAACAACGUCGUCUUUAUCCUCUCGGCAUGGAUGCAGACCGCCAACUUUGCCAUCAAUUACCGCGGGCACCCGUUCAUGGAGGGUCUCCGUGAGAACAAGAUCCUCAUCUACAUUCUUGCCACCAUGGCCUCGCUCCUCAUCCUCCUUGCGCUCGGCGUCAUCCCGCCGCUUGCCUACCUUGCCGAGCUCGCACCGUGGCCCUCGUUUUCCUUCCAGCUCCUCGUCGUCGCCACGCUCGUCGCCGAUGCCAUCGGUGCCCUCGCCAUGGAGCACAUUGCCUCGGUCCUCUUCAACCGUGCCGAGCCGCGGCUUCCUGUCCAGUAGUUGAGCCUGUAAAGCAGACCACCCGCCUGUA